GUCGGAAAGAGAUCCAUUCCAUUAAGGAGUCGCUUUUGCUCUUCGCUCGGUUCAGCUGUUUUCCCCUCCUCUCUCUCUCUCUCUCUCUCUCCCUCUCUCUCUCUCUCUCUCUCUCUCUCUCUUGCGUGCCUUCGUCUUGCUUCCUUCUCCGCCCAACAUGGACCCCGUUGGCGUCGCUGCUGUCAUCCCUGCUGCUGCUGAAGCGAGCCCCAGUCCAGCCUGGCCUCAAAGCAAGUGUCCAUGGGGAACUCCUGAAAACACUACAAUAUCAUGUUCUCUUGCUGAUGUCAUGAGUGAACAGCUAGCUAAAGAGCUGCAGUUGGAAGAAGAAAGUGCUUCUUUUCCAAAAGUAGUAUCGAUUAUUGAUAGACCCUUUGUUAGUGGAGAGAAUGUUGAUACUUCCAGUGACCUUAUGCUGGCACAAAUGAUGCAAAUGGAAUUUGAUAGAGAAUAUGAUGCCCAACUUCGGCGUGAAGAAAAAAAGUUCAACGGUGAUAGCAAAGUAUCCAUAUCUUUUGAGAAUUACCGAAAAGUGCAUCCUUUUGAAGACAGUGACAGUUCAGAAGAUGAGGUUGAUUGGCAGGAUACUCGUCAUGAUCCCUACAAAGCAGAUAAACCUACAACUACUCCAAAAAAGGGCUUUAUAGGAAAAGGAAAAGAUAUAACCACAAAGCAUGAUGAAGUUAUAUGUGGACGAAAGAACACAGCGCGGAUGGAGAAUUUUGCACCAGAAUUUCAAGUUGGUGAUGGAAUUGGCAUGGAUUUAAAAUUAUCCAAUCAAGUCUUCAAUGCCUUAAAGCGGCAUGCAUACUCUGAGGAACGCCGGAGUGCCAGGCUCCAUGAGAAGAAGGAACAUUCUACUGCGGAAAAAGCUGUAGAUCCUAAAACCCGUCUGCUUCUGUACAAGAUGGUCAAUUCUGGAUUGCUUGAUACCAUCACUGGAUGCAUAAGUACAGGAAAAGAGUCUGUGGUGUUCCAUGCAUAUGGAGGAAGUUUGGAUGAAGAAAUCAAAUCAGUUCCUUCAGAAUGUGCUAUAAAAGUAUUUAAAACUACUCUUAAUGAAUUUAAGAAUCGUGACAAGUAUAUCAAGGAUGAUUACAGAUUUAGAGAACGUUUCAGCAAACUGAAUCCACGAAAAAUUAUCCGCAUGUGGGCUGAAAAAGAAAUGCACAACUUAACAAGAAUGCAGAAGGCAGGCAUUCCUUGUCCACAAGUUGUUAGCCUAAAAAAGCAUGUCUUAGUCAUGUCUUUCAUUGGUCAAGAUCAAGUCCCAGCUCCUAAACUAAAAGAAGUAAAACUCAGCAGUGAAGAUAUGAAAAAUGCCUACUAUCAAGUUCUUCAUAUGAUGCAACAGUUAUAUAAGGAAUGUAAUUUAGUGCAUGCUGACCUGAGUGAGUACAACAUGCUGUGGCAUAAAGGACAGGUCUGGUUAAUUGAUGUCAGUCAAUCUGUGGAUCCAAGACAUCCUCAUGCACUUCAGUUCCUGUUCAGAGAUUGUAGGAAUGUUUCACAAUUCUUUCAGAAAAGUGGUGUGCCAGAUGUACUAAAUGAGCGAGAACUCUUCAAUGCUGUUUCAGAAUUAAACAUUGCAGCUGAAAACGAGGUGGAUUUUUUAGCCCAGAUUGAAACUUUGGAGAAGAUUAAUGAAGAUCAUGUAGAAAAUCAUGGGAAAAAAAUGUUUUUAUUUACACAUGGCGAUGGGGACCCACCAACACUUUAUAAAGAAUAGCACUUUGCAUUGAUCUGAAAAAAAAAUAUUGGUAUUUAAAUUUUAGAGCAGUGAUUAAAAGUCAACUGCCAAAGGCAAUGGAGUACAGGAUGCUCAGAUGCUGUAAAUGAAACAUUCAGGGAAUAUACACUGGUGCUUUGAUGUAUUUUAGAAAAGUCCACAAUUAGUCCAUUGGAACUUCAUUGCAUACCUUUGUAACGAUGAAAAUAAUUUCAUUUUCUGUUAAAUCAGAUUUUCAGUAGCAACGUAUGUGUGGUAUAAGUAAGAUUUCAAAACAAUGUAAUACUUUCAGAUUUAAACAUCAAAGUAACACACAUAUGAAAGUAAGAAAGAUAGAUGGUCUUUUCCUUGCCUCUAUUGUUUCUUGUUCUUAAAUAGUGGUAUAUUUUGAGAUACUGAAAAUAUGUUUCAGGUUCUACCUGACAUUACAUUAUUAUCAAAAGUUUAUUAUUUUUACAAGGACAGCAUGGAAAAUUUCUUAAUAUUUAACAAACGAAACCUAUAUUAAACACUAAAAACACUUCAAAACUUUUCUAUAAUUUUUAUACACAGUAUAAAGAAAAUUAGCCUACAGUUUGACUUUAAAUUUUAGGUAGAAUAUAGUUCUUCAGAAAGGUGUUAUUAGAUAAUCAGUAACAAAUAUUUAAUCUUUUAUUACUUAAAAUAAUGCUUCAAUGGAAGAUAGUUCAAUACCUUUAAACAAAUCUGAAUUAUGUGAAAUGAGUAGAAAAUACACAGGUGAGUUGUCUCUUAUAUAAACUUGAGCUGAUUAUAGAUUUUCAGUGUUUUAAAAGGAUUCAGAGAACAUCCUCAUUUGGAAAAAAAAGUUCAUUGAACUUUUCAUGUGUAAUAUGGUAUGACAUAGUUUGUACAACCACUUAAAAAUAAACCAGCAGAACCAAGUCUGUUUUAUCAUAUUUCUCAGAAUGCCUACUUCAUAUUUAUAUGUACAGAGAGCAUAUAAAUUCUCAUGAGAGAAUGAAAUUUGGAUUCAUUCGUCAUAAAAAUUGUCCUCAUGGGCUAUAUGUAUAAGUGAAAGAAUUCCCAAGAUCUGCAUUUGUAUGAGAAUUAUUUUAGAAAGUCAAUAUAAAGUGAGACAAUUCACUGAUACAGGUUUCUUUUUUAAAUGUGUCCUCCUUUAUGUUAAGUUGAUGUAUGACAUUCAUAUAAUGUUAUGGGAGUAAAAAUAAAAGACAUCAGAUUGUG